GCAAUUCCAUUUUUACCAUUUAAAAUUGGUAUAGAUGUGGAAAAUUCUGUAACAAAAACUAAGAAUAAUGGUGUAACUAAAAAAACUUGAGUUACUUUUUAAAAAAGUUUUAUGUGCUGAACAUAAAAAAUCAAAAGGGAACAAAUCCAGCAUUGUUUAUUUGGAGAAAAAUUUUGAUUCAUUGUUUGAUUUGUCUGCUUGUAAUUGUGAACUACCUGUUGCUAAUUGUGAUGACAGACUGGUUAGAUGUGACAUUAAAGAUUGUUUUAAAAAGCAUAUAUUAUGCAACUGUGAUGAAGAAAAAAAGGUACCAGUAAAUGAAAGGGAGUACCUAAAUGACCAAAGAGCUAAAAAAGGUGGAAAAGGGUCAUUUCAGAUUGGCAAAAUUGAUCAAAAAGGACUAAUCAAAUUAAAGAAUAAACAAGUAAUUGGAGCAUUAUACAAACAAGAGUUCUGUGUGGAAAGUCUUGAAGAAUCAAAUUUAGUGUGUGAUGAUCCUUGUUUUGAUGAUAGUGAUUGUGAUGAUGGUGAAAUUAAAUAUGAUCCAGAUUUUUAUGAAGAGAUGUCUACUUUACAUAAUUACAAACACUUGCCUAACUUUGCAAAAGCAGCAAUACGUUAUGGAAUUAGUAACAAUGCUGCUGCUCAUUUAGGUACAGGAUUACUCAUUGACUAUGGCAUUGUAACAGCUGCUGAAAGAACUAAUAUCAUUACAGAAAAGAAAGUUUUUAGUGAGAAGUUUAGAAUAGGAGAACAACUUGAAAUUGAUCAUCGUAAAGAAGUUUUUCAAUUAAAAGUUAUCGGAGUUGAUGAUAAAAAAGAUAAAGAAACGCUUGUUCACACAAUUGCUUACAAUUCAGAAGGUGAGCCAAUUAUAAUACCUGGAAUUGAAAAAGAAGCACAUCUCACAUUUACUGCAGAAAGUGGAACAAAAAAAAGAAAAUAUUUAACACAUAAAAUUAUUACAAGUGGAACUGGAGUUUCUAAAGCAAAUGCAACUAAAGAAGUUCUAACUGAGUUUAACAGCACCGAAACUCUUGAAGCUAUGGUUCUUGACAAUACAAGUUCAAAUACUGGUACAGACAAUGGUCUUGUUGUUAAGCUAGAAAAAUUUAUAAAUAGAAAAUUACAUUUAGUUGGAUGUCAACUCCACCAAAAUGAAUUGCCAUUAAGACAAGUAAUUAUUCUACUUGAUGGAAACACAAAUGAUCCAAAGAAAUAUAAAGGUCCAGUUUGUUCAUCAGUUUCAGAAAAUUUCAUUCAUGAACUUCCUUUAAUAGUUUUUUCUACAAUAAUGUCCGAAAUUCAGUCAUUUGUGGAUGAGCGUGUUGUUUCUGAUUUAAGUAAUGAUCAAAGAAAAUUAUAUGAAUACACCAUUGGUAUAUCUACAGGUAAAGUUUCAAAAAAGUAUGCAAUGACAAAACCUGGACCUGUGAACCAUGCAAGGUGGUUGACACUUGCAUUACGGAUUAUGUAUAAAUAUACUAGAGAAACAAAUCCAUCGGCAGAGUUGGUUAUGAUAACGAAGUAUAUAGUCCAAGUAUAUUCUCCAAUUUGGUUUGCUAUAAAACGAUCAGGUCAUUAUAAAGAUUCAGCAAAGAUUCUGUUUAAAUUGAUUGAGUUGACUAAAUUGCAAGAUAAAAAGAUACAAGAAGUCGUCUUUAAAAACUUAGCUGGAAAUUCAUUUUGCUGUUUACAGGAGAAUUUUCUCUAUUGCAUGAUAAUGGACGAUGAGAAAGUAAAUCGCGACAAAGCCAUAGAUCGAAUACUCAUUAUUAGGAAGCUAAAUGAGGAAAAUAAAGAAUUUGUUCCUAAGCUUAAACCCAAAACAAUAAUGAAAAUUGAUUUUGAUUGUAACUGCUGGAUUGAUCUUGUUCAAAUAUGCCAAAUUGAAGUGGAACCUCCUACUACAAUUUAUAUUUCAUCUGUUGAACUGAUAAACGCAAAAGAAUCUGGAGAGAUUUUACCGCUUACACUUCUUCCAAACAACUCUCAGUCAGUUGAACGUGCAGUUAAGUCAGUAACCGAAGCAUCAAAACUGGUAUAUGGUCUCAAAAAAAGACACAACUUUAUUCUUACUAAAGAUCAGAGUAGGAAAGAAAAUUAUAGAAAUGUUACCAAAAGCAAUUAUUUUGUUCCAAUCAUUUAAAAAAAAAACUGUUAAAUGUAACACUUGUAAUAUUAAUUAUAAUAAGAACAAUUUAUUUA